AUGAGGAGACUAGCGUACAUUCAACCUGAACGAUUCCGUGCUCUCAUGCUCGUUGAUAUAUCAGUGCUGCAGUGCUCAGCUUGGGAAAUGUGGUGCCACGGUGCUGGAAUGAGCCGACGGCACACGCGCAGCCAUCCGGGCCCCUCAACACAAGUACGAUUCGAAUUUCCAGCUCAUCUCGAAGCUUCCUUGUCGAACGGACAUUUAUCUUGGACGGCUGCGACUGCCGCGCUGGUCACAGCAGUCACGAUCUCAAAGGUUUUCAAGUUCGUGUCGGGUCUGAAGGCAGUGGAUUACCUCCCGGGCUUAUGGGUGCCAUUUCAGCCCCUCAGUUUGCUAGGUGUGCUCGCACCAGAAAAGUCAUGGAACCCGGGCGUAAUCUUUGUGUGGACGUGGAGGCAUACUAGAAACAUUUAUCGUCGCUUUGGAAGCGACACAGUCUCGAUAGUUCCUUUUUUCUCUGGCGCACCGUCAAUAUAUACACGAUCGAUGGAUGUCACCAGGCAGGUCGUGACCGCUGGUCAUAAGUCGGGUGCAUUUUCGAAGACUGAUGAUAUGGGUCGCGCGUUUCUGUUUUGGGGUCCGAGUCUUGUUAUGGCGGGGGCACAGGAUCAAUGGAGAAAGCACAGGAGGAUUGCUGGACCUGCGUUUAAUAACGACACCUAUCAGCUUGUCUGGAACGCUUCACGCAAAGUAUAUGCUGACAUGAUUGACUGUGAGGGGUGGGCAGAGAAAGCCACGAUAGACGUUCCACGUAUCCAAACACUGACAACCAAGUUCACUCUCCUCAUCAUUGCCACUUGCGGCUUUGGUCUCCCGUUUUCCUGGGGGGAGCCCCCCUCUCAUGAUGGACAAAUGUCGAUUCAGCAGUGCUUGGAAAUAAUAACGAUUAGAAAUUCCUUUGCAAUUAUAGCUCCAAAAUGGGCUUGGAAACUGCCACUGCCAUGGGUUCGCCAGACCCGUCAAGCGUUCGAUACCAUGAGGGCAUUCAUGAAUUCCCACGUCCAGGCGAGGCGGGAGGCCAUUAAUUCUGCAGGCGAUGACACACCGAAGGACAUCCUUUCGUUGUUUGUUCGAGCGAGCGAAGAAGGGGGCAAAUUGGGUUUAGACAACGAGGAAUUGAUCGGAAAUAUCUUUGCAUUGCUGUUUGCUGGCCAUGAGACCACAUCGCACACUCUAGCAGCUACUCUUGGUUUCUUGUCAUUAAAUCCAUCUAUCCAGGAAGAGAUAGUCGAGCAAUUUUACGAAGUCACUAAAGGGCGCGAAAAUGGCGAGAUUACAUUCGAAGACUACAGCAAACUAGACAAGGCUCUUGCAGCAUUCUAUGAAGCAAUCCGAAUGUUCCCUUCCGGUGUAUAUCUCAUAAGGGAGGCAAAGCAAGACACAGUACUCAAUCUUUCAGGUAUCGGCGAGGAACCGAAGCUGUUGCCCGUCGCGAAAGGUACACAUGUCGUGGUUGACAUGGUUGGCGUCCAUUACAACCCGCAAUAUUUCUCUGACCCAGAGGAGUUCAAACCUGCACGAUGGUAUGCGGACAGAUCGGGCAAGAAAGAUAUUGCAGACAGUGAAGACCACACUGGCUUUAGCGUCGGGCCACGCUCCUGCCUUGGUAAAAGGUUCGCGACGACUGAGGCCGUUUGUUUCCUAGUACUGCUUCUACGUGAUUGGCGCGUCGAGCCCCUUCUGUCUGUCAACGUCUCUACCGGAGAGAAGGAAACCAAAGAAGAAUGGCGCGAAAGAGUCAUGCAGGCCAAAAUGACUCUGACGAUGGGCGUCAGGGAUGUUCCACUGACAUUUGUAAAGCGGGUUUGAUGACAUUUCUAUGUAAUUUAUGAUACUGUUUGUAACAGUGCAGCAUACUAAGUUUGUUAUCUAGUGGUUCGUUGCCUACCGAUAGUUCUUUGCUUUUCGCAGCUUGUUUGCAGUCGGGCUAUAUUAUACGUGGUGACUACUGCAUUUUGCGUGGUAGCGGUCAACUGUGGGUGGCGAGACGAGGGCCUCCGGGAUUAGAAGCAUACUGGUGAACCGUCCUCGACUUCCGAAUGUAUGUCCCAGAGAACAUACACGUAGAGUUCGGUAAUCCGGAAUGUUGCCACCUCUGGCUGUACGGAUCAGCUAUCGAACUCGGAGCUCAUCGAUGCAUCGACGGACAAUCAUAACAGGAAAUGCAGAUCAUAAUGGAACGGCCGGUUCCAAUGACUGCUUACAUAAUAUGAUCAACCUCGUUUCGAGCUGCUAGUGCCACUAGCAGUAGUACUAUGACGAUCAUUUUUGUAGCAAGGUUCUGAUG